CAUGCAUCCGGUGUUAUGGCGACCACCGGCGAAAGCGACGCUUUCCUUCGGCGAAAAUUAAGUUGCGCGUACAGCAACGGUGGCUUUGCUUCUCUUUUUUUGGCCCAGGUUUCAGCAGCCCACAUGCGCCCCCGCGUGAUUGUCGCCGCGCUGCUCUCGGCGGCGGCGGCGGCGGCUGCACUCGCCAGCGAGAACCGCGACCGCCAGCCGCCGCCCGCCGCCGGAUUCAACUACAGCAGCAUUUCCGUGCCGCCGGAGCACAUCCCCUACUUCUUGUACAACAACAAGGAGAUCGCCGAGCAGUGCAGGCUUGACCCCCUCUGCCCCUUUCACCAUUUUGCCCUGCUGAAUUUGUCUUCCUGUUGGGGUUAUGAGAAGAACUGCCAUCCAGAGAACCGCUUCAGCUACCCCGAUUGCGACCAGCCGGACUCCGGAUGGGUGGAUUCCGUGGAGGCGGCCCGGGAUCUUUUCUGGAAGCAGGCCGAUUUUGGCUACGUCAAGGAACGUCGCUCCGAGCUCCAAACGCUUUGCGAGGCCAUCAAGCCUGGGGACUCUUCUUUGAGAUGCACGAGCCAUGCAAGAUUCUGUCAAGCAACCGGCCUUUACCUGGACUUGCGGAAACCGCGCAGAGGUCAUGAAAGGUACCAGGAGGACUUCAUUCAGAAAGGUGAGAUCGGCGGUCACUGCCGACUCAACGAGCGAGCGCUGGCUGCGGCGGGACAGCACAAAAGCCCCUUGCAGUCUUGGUAUGCCGAGCUGCAAAGCUACACCGAGCUGGACUUUCAUCCCUUUCGCUCCAAAUCCUGUGACGUGGUCAUCGAAAAACCCACCGUCUUCAUGAAACUGGAUGCCGGGGUGAACAUGUACCAUCAUUUCUGUGACUUUGUCAACCUCUACAUCUCCCAGCACGUCAACAACUCCUUCAGCUCUGACAUCAACAUCAUCAUGUGGGACACAAGUUUUCACGAAUACGGAGAUUUGUUCGGUGAAACAUGGAAGGCCUUCUCGCAAUGGGAUGUCGUUCACCUCAAGACCUACGAUUCCAAGAGAGUCUGCUUCAAAGACGCCUUCUUCUCCCUUCUCCCGAGAAUGAGAUACGGUCUCUUUUACAACACACCGCUCGUCUCCCGUUGCUCCAGCCAAGGGAUGUUUCGGGCCUUCUCCCAGCACGUCCUCCAUCGUCUCAACGUGCUGCGGCGCCGAGCCGCGGCGGGACGCGUUCGCGUUACCUUGCUGGCACGCAGUACAGAAUACCGAAGAAUAAUCAACCAGAAUGAGCUGGUAAACGCCCUAAAAACGGUGCCGCGGCUGGAGGUCAGCGUGCUCGACUACAAGUACAAGCAGGUUUCGUUCGCGGAGCAACUGAGGAUCACCCACAACUCGGACGUCUUCAUCGGAAUUCACGGGGCGGGGCUGACGCAUCUCCUCUUCCUACCCGACUGGGCUGUGGUCUUGGAGCUGUAUAAUUGCCGGGAUGAGGGUUGCUAUCGAGAUUUGGCGCGGCUGCGGGGCGUUCGCUACAUGACUUGGCAGAGAGAGGACAAAGUGUUCCCCCAGGACAAGGGUCACCACCCGACUCUCGGAGACCAUCCCAAGUUCACCAACUACUCCUUUGACGUGGAGGAAUUUGUGCGCCUGGUGCUGGAGGCGGUGCUUCACGUCACGCGGCAUCCCAAAUGGCGGCGUUGGAGCCUGCGCGAUGAACUCUAGAGUGGCGGAGGACACCCCCCAAAAAGAAAAAAAAAAGCCAACAUUCUUGGCGGCCCGGUAGCCCAGUGGUUAGCACGUCGGCUUCACAGUGCAGAGGUACCGGGUUCGAUUCUGGCUCCGGCCUCCCUGUGUGGAGUUUGCAUGUUCUCCCCGGUUUGCAUGUUCUCCCCGGGCCUGCGUGGCUUUUCUCCGGGUGCUCCGGUUUCCUCCCACAUUCCAAAAACAUGCGUGGCAGGCUGAUUGGACACUCUAAAUUGUCCCUAGGUGUGAGUGUGAGUGUGAAUGGUUGUUCGUUUCUGUGUGC